GCACUUUGGUGUCCAUGUGUGUGAUGUGUGAAUUUUUCAUCGGUGCUCGGCCCUUUCGACUAUUCGAUUAUUAAGUAGGUACUUAUCGUGCAAGCAUGUCUCAGGAACAUCAACCAACACUGUGGACUGUAGUGGAAUUUCUCAAUGCAAAUAACGAAGAUUGCAAAGUCAUUUCCACAGUGCCAUGUAAUUGGCUUUUCGAAGAUAAUGAAAAAACAUUUUGUUAUUGGCCUCCAAAAAAAAAGUAAGAAAAGAAAUAAAAAUUUGCGCAACUCCUCAAGACAACUGGGACACUCAUAUGGUUUACCCACUGUUGGAUUCCCCAGUUCCUUAUAAAGAUGCUAUCUGUUUUGAAAAAAAAAAAAAGAGAAAGAAACGGAUGAAUCGGAAGAGGAUCAUGCAGAUAUACUCGUAAGAAGAAGAAAAAAAAGAAAAAUGGAUAGUGACUUUAUCUCUUCAUAUGAUUCCGCUGAAGAAAAUAUUUUGCCACCUUUACCUAAAAUACCUCUACAAGCUGUAGAGACCCCAAGGUCAAUAGGAUCAGAUGAUACUUUAUCAAUGAAAUCGGCAGAUCUGAUGCCACCACCGCCACCUCCACCGUCAGUUCCUGGUUCUUCAUCAGUAGAAAUUGUUCAAAUUGAAUUCGCCGAAAAUUUACCUCUUCAAGAAUUACAAAUCGAAAACAGUUGCCCUCAUACAAUAGUUGAAGAAAACCAACAAGUACGCGAUAAUUAUGUGGAGAAUGUUUUGGAUGCAAUUCUAAAACAAGUAAUAGAAAACAAAAAAUUAUUAGAGACCAUAUCCAAUCAAAUGCAGAGUAUAAAAUCGGGUAGUGCGGGAGAGAUGGAAAAAGUAUCAAAAUUUGAUACACUUCCAAAAUUUGGAAUUAAAAAAUAUUCAGAACUUCUAAAAUAUGACCAAUUGGUCCUUAAUUGCGCCAACGCCCAAAAACAAUUGGAAACAAUGUUUCAACUUGUUGGAGGAGCCACAGAGAGGGAAAACAUUAGAAGAGGCGAAGAUGAGACAGUGGUAGCGCAGAGCGCCACCUGUCGGUGUGUGGAGAAUCCAGACCUCUAAACACCAGUUGAUG